AGUAAAAUAGUAUGUGUGAACAUUUUAUACAUGCUUAAAGGGAGUGGUAAGCCUAAUGCUCUGAUGGAGUAAACGAAAGCAGAUAAGGCCUGACUGGUCUCUCUUUGGUCCUUGUGCUACAAAGUACGAAUUUGUCGCGGCACGCGCUGCUUCCUGUUUCAACGCGCCACGCGCACAUACGGGGAUUUCAGACUAAUUGAGCCUAAUUAUGUUUUCUCGUUUUUACGGUAAUUGACCAAGUGAAAUAAAUCGAAAUCGAUUGCGGUAUCUGGAAGAUUGAAAGAGAGAGAGAGAGAACCCAUGUUUCGAAACAGACGCAGGGAUUCUCGUUUAAAGGAAUGAAAAGCUUGUUAGUAAGUGGAGGGGAAACCACUUUACCUGAACCACAAGUGGACUUGUGCAGCAACAGGUUUAUGACACGGUGACCGGAAUAAAGAAAAAUGCGCAACUAUGCGUUUUUGGAGGAGCGCACCGACAUCCCGGGAUAAACCGCAUGGGACGAGUCCUUACGUCUGCAGCACAAGAUAAAAAGCGAGGGAACUCAUGCCGGAUGAAUGUGACACAAACAUCACCGAGAGACGCGACGGCGAAGAAGAAGAAGAAGAAGAAGAAGAGGAAAAAAAGUCGCCUGCUUUCUAUCACUUCUCACUCACUACACAGUUCAACGAAUGACCACAGGCGCCUUGAAACGCAGCCUAUAAAGAGACUGGGCUCACUGUCUGCCAUGAUGCACUAGGUCACUAACCGGAGGCAACCGACAGAAAGGAACCCUACCGACUCCUACAUUACCGUAUUAAUCUGCUAACACACCAGCAGGACACCAAAACAGCCGCAAAACAGGGCAGAAGUUUACACGCCUGAGUAGUGAGAGAGAGAGAGAGAGAGAGAGAGACAGGCACUCUUGAGCUGCGCUUCAGCAUGAGCGUCGUGCGUGCGCCGGUCAUCACUGCGCUCGCGCUGCUGAUCGUGAGCGGCGGUUACGGCGGACAGAGCGGCUCUGCGUCCGCGCGCUCUACCACCAGCCUGCUGCAGCUGCUCACCGCUGGCAGGAGAGAAGCACCUGAGCAUCACGCGCAUUCUCCCGAGCUUCACGCGCACUCUCCACCUCCCAUCAAGACGGACUACUCCAGAGAGUCGAGGGACGGGAACGAAAUCAACAAAUCCAAUCGCUAUGACCGGACACUGGAUGUCUUUCCUAGAGAUCUGCGGCAGAAAGAAAGGUUAUUAAAACAAUUAACAGGGCCGCUCUACUUUAGCCCAAAAUGCAGCAAACACUUUUAUAGAUUAUAUCAUACCUCCAGGGACUGCACAAUACCAGCCUAUUAUAGGAGAUGUGCACGGCUUCUCAGAAGGUUAGCGGAGAGUCAGCGGUGUUCUGAGGGAUAGACGUUGCAGAUUUCAACAGACUCAAGAAACACAGAGGACCAAGAAAAAAGUGCCUUGGAAAAGAAUGGGGACGCACAGGCGCACACACACACACAUACACUUCUGAAACAUUUGUCAUAAUGAAGCAUAGUUUGUCAUUACAUUUUUAUCAAACUCCUCCACGGAGUUCUACGUACAAUACCAAGCAAGUCUUCUUGACUGACAAAUUAAUGUUAUCACUGAACUCAAAUGGUGCAAGUGAAGAUGUUGUUUUACAUGAUAAAAAAAAAUCCCACUGGCAAAAUCUGUGGGCAGUACAGUAUACUGCAAAUACGUUUAUGGUUAUGCAAAUGCUGUUGCGGUUCACUGUGUUUAUCAGUAGUUGUGGUCAGAGUAUCAUUAUUAAACACAGCUUCUCAUCAAUAACUCGACCACCUGCACUAUAUGUUUAACCUGUUAAAUCAGUGAUUAAAAGAUGAAUUGUAUUUGUAAGACAUUUCUUUUGGCAGAGAUUAGGGAUGAAGGUUGCUACAGUAUGUAUGAAUUCUCCCUGAAUUUGAAUGUCAUAGAUGUAUAUGCUAUUUAUAUAUUCAAGUUAUUGGCAGUUACUGGUGUCAAAUACAGGCACAUCAGAGCUAGAGUGCAAUAUGUACAUACUGUAAAUAUAAGAAAAUCUAUCUUCAAAUAAAAUUGUUUGUUAUAUAAUGUUA